AUGGAUCAGCAGGGCGUCACCAUCACCUCCAGCGCCGGAGCACGGGAGGAUCUGGAGCGGGAAUUGCUCGCCGCGGCGUCGAAACCAACACGGAAGUCUUCAUAUUUUGAAAGAGAAGGAUGGUGGAGAGUAGCAUUAACAAAUACUCCUAUACCUGGCACAUACCACCUGAAAACUUUCAUUGAAGAAUCCUCAUUAAAUCCAGUGAUAGCAACGUACAAUUUUAAAAACGAAGGAAGGAAAAAACCACCUCUCGUGCAAAGAAACAAUCCAGUCCUGAAUGAUCUUCCACAGUACAUGCCUCCUGACUUCCUGCACCUGCUAAACAAGCAAGCGGCCACUUACUCGUUCAAAGACAGGCCUCGGCCCAGCCCCAGCACGCUGGUGUACAAGGAUAAGUCUCUUCGGCUUUGCCCGGGGCAGUACGAGGUGCUUCCCGCCCCAGUUCCCAAGUUCCCUUCCAGGAGCUUCGUGUUCCGUUCUGCAGUUCAAAGAUUCCCAACAGGCUGCUUCAUACCUCACGAAGGCCCGGGACCGGGUCAUUAUAACUUGCAAAUACCACCACCAAGUUGUAUUACUUCUUGUUUCCAAUCCAGAGUCCCUCGGUUCUUGCCCAGCGGCUCAAAAACUCCAGGCCCGGGAACCUACACGUCUAUAAUACAGUUCCCUAAGCAGUCCGCAACUGUAGCCAAAAUGGGCAAAGGACACAGCCUCUUCUUCAACAACACAAUGGGCUUUUAAAAUAAAGCG